AUGCCAAUCCUCAGCCUCUCCGCGAAGCCGCUGUCUCGCCUCCCUGCAAAACGAGGAUUGUCAAGAUUAAGUAGGGUGCAGAACCUUGCGUUUACGACGUCGAGGAUAAGGAUCACCAUGCUCAAGCAACAGGAUCAUCCGGGGAAUGAAAGCGGCAGCAGGCCUCUGUACCUCGGGAUAGACUUUGGAACUUCCGGCGCCAGAUACGCACUUAUCGACAAGCAAGGGGCCAUCCAUUCCGAAGGCAAAAGAACUUACCCAGCUGUUGGACAAACCACCAACUGGGCAAGCUCCUGGAGAGAAGCACUCUUCCAGCUUCUUGGCGACAUUCCGUCCGUUCACCAGCCAUCAGUCUCAUCCAUCUCCAUUGAUGGGACUUCAUCAACCACUCUCAUCAUUGAUAGAAACAAUGGAGAGCUUCUUGCCGGCCCUUUCCUCUACAAUGAGAGCUUCCCUGAUGCGCUGCCCAUGAUCAGCUCGAUUGCUCCCGCAAAUCACACAGUGUGCUCUGGUUCGUCCACCCUAUGCAAGCUCGUCUCAUGGUGGAACAAGCAUUGUUUGAAUGGCGGCGAUGAUUCGGCGAUACUGAUGCACCAAUCAGACUGGCUGCUGUGGCUUUUGCAUGGAGAAUACGGCGUUUGUGAUUACAACAAUACUCUCAAGGUAGGGUAUGAUCCAGAGACUGGGUCAUACCCAAGCUGGCUCAUGUCACAGCCAUACUCACACAUGUUGCCUUCUUCUGUCAGAGCACCCGGAGUUCCCAUUGGCCCAAUCAAAGAAGAUGUGCGCUCACAAUAUGGCUUUUCGAAUGACUGUGUGGUCUGUACUGGGACAACCGACAGCAUCGCUGCCUUUCUUGCAGCACGAACCACUGAUCCAGGAAAAGCGGUGACGUCGCUGGGUUCAACGCUCGCGAUCAAGCUCGUCAGCAGAGUCCGCGUGGAAGACGCAAGGUUCGGCGUCUACAGCCACCGCCUGGACGACCAGUGGCUCGUCGGCGGGGCGUCCAACAGCGGGGGUGUGGUGCUCCGGCAACUCUUCAGCAACGACCAGCUGGUGACGCUGAGCAGGGACAUCGACCCGUCAUCUCCUUCCCCUCUUGACUACUACCCUCUGCCCAAGAAGGGCGAGAGGUUCCCUGUCUCUGACCCCGACAUGGAGCCGAGGCUGGAGCCUCGACCCGACAGCGAUGCCGAGUACUUGCACGGCAUAUUGGAGUCCAUGGCGCGCAUUGAGGUCGCCAGUGGGUACAAACUGCUGAAGGAGCUCGGCGCAACGCCGGUGGAGGAGGUCUUUACGGCAGGGGGAGGCGCGCAGAAUGAGAAGUGGACGGCAAUCCGGGAGAGAGUCCUUGGGGUGCCUGUUUGGAAGGCAGAGCAGACAGAGGCGGCGUACGGAGCUGCAUUGCUAGCACUCAGGGGUGCUACCACGGCAAUAACGGGAUAA